AUGCCUUCGACCGUCUCCGCAGACGAGGAGCUAUUGACUGGUGAUCAGGUGUAUCAGUAUCUCCUCCCUCGGUCUCCAGGCUUGGUGCCAGUUAAAAUUUCGUUUGAGGCUGAGGACGAUUCCUUCUUUGCAAACAGGCCUUCGACGGCUGAAACAGACUUCCACGAGCUAUCAUUUCCAGGACUGCUCCCACUCGUCGACGAACCAACCGUUGAAGACUCGAAUGCCUCAGCCCAAAACCAGGACCACUCUCAGAUAGGUUCACGACCCGACAGCAACUCCCUCGAGAGUGACGACCUAGAGAACGAAGCCGUCGUGGACAGGGUUCAGAAUCCUGAUUCAGACUCAACUCUGCAACCUGUUCCUCGACCUCCAGAUCAAGAAUCAGAAAACAGCACUCGACGGGAUAUCAGACGAUCUAAACUCAAAUGGGAUGUACCGAUAGUCUUGGCAGGAUCUGAAGUUCUCGCCUGUCCUGACACCGGUUCCGAGCAAAACAUCUUGUCGAAAGAAAUCGCGACGCAGCUUGGGAUCUUGGACCUCGUAGACUCGAGCCGCUCGGGCAGGUUCGUUUUGGGUAACGGCAGAGAUGUCCAGUCUCUCGGGGCCGUUGACAUGGAGCUCUACUUCUCCCGAGAGCCGCAGGGGUUUCUCAAAUGCAUGUUCCAUGUGUUUGAGAGCUUGAUACGUCCCGCCAUUCUCGGCGGGGUCUUUCUGAGACGUACCGAGACUCUGACCAAGCACCGCCAAAGCCGUCUGCGCCAGCGACUUGUACAGAGUUCAACUCGGUUGCAGGUGAUGCACCUUGGUGCCGCCAGAGAAAGGUUCAGAUGCUAUGUGGACGGCAGCUUGGUGGCUGCACACGCCGACACUGGCUCAGAAAUGGAUGUCGUGUCCAGAGAGUUCGUUCGAAAAUCUUCCCAGCGCCCAAGGGCUCUGCAGGAUCCCCUACCCGUGGAAUUCGCAGAUGGGAGCAUCGGUUGGAUAUCCCAUCAGAUAUUCACCAGGUUCUCCGCUAACCUGGAACGACCCAAAUCUGAGUGGGCCGGGAAAUGGUUCUAUGUGCUGGACGAUCUUCCCUGCGAGAUACUCCUAGGAGAGGAGACUCUCGACCACCUGGACGCCUUUAAUCGAGAGACGUCGUUUGCGAUGGAAGUCUUGGACGCGGAUGGCAUUGAGCUUUGUACCAUAUUCUGGGCCAGCCAUCUGGAGCACAAAAUGGCCAACGUGUUGGGAUUCAACUGGAAAGGCCGAACGACGAAGAGAAAGAAUGACACAGACGAAGCAGCAAAUCGGGUUGCGGAGGUGUCACUGGCGUUUGACGAUCCUCUUCUCGCCGAUGUCGAUCCUAAAUUUCGCCAAUGGGUAGGGGAAAUGCUCUCUGGAAAAGAAGUGCGAUCAGAUCAAUUGUCCUUGCCGCACUCUAUCGACUCGACUUUACUCAACGCCUUGGAUGGAUGGGAGAUGAACCGACGCAGCCAGACGAAACAUCAAAGUGGAAGCACGGAACAAGUGCUAGAAGAACAGCGUCAACUCGUAUUCGAUUCUUCGCGGGAGACUGUCCUGCUCGGUCUGCGACGCGCAGCGCUGCCUCCCCUCGACGAGGCUAUCAGUCUACUAUCAUCUAGUUUUCUACCCUCGCCCCAUUCUCACCCUGCUACUCCGCCUCCGACUACCGAAUCAGGUCCCUCUGGGUCCCACAGUCUCCAUCCCGACACCGAGAACGGCGUACGCACCCACCCUCACAGGUGUCCCAUCGAAGGAUGCCUUGCUCCUCCAUUCCAGACCAGCUACCUCCUGAAUUGCCACAUGAAUGUUCACGUUCCGGGGAGUGUUCAUUUCUGUCCGGUAAACGGAUGCCCACGAGGUCCUGGUGGUAUGGGAUUUAAGAGAAAGAACGAAUGUGACAGACACCAGCUGGUCCACCUUUCGCCCGGCUACGUUUGUCCUUUCUGUCCGCCACAGCAACAACAACAACAGAAAUAUCCGAGACCUGAUAAUUUGCAAAGGCAUGUCAGGUUGCACCACCCUGAUAUCGCUCCAGACAACCCUCCUCUCCGAAGCGUUCUGAAUCGGGGUAUAGACAGAGUUCCCUGAUGACGAACACCGAGAUUGUCACAGUGCGGAGACGGAGAUUGUAGUCUACAUAAUUUCCAGGGAUCCAGAAUGUGGUGAAAAGACGUUUACUCACUCUUGGAAUCGGGGUCUGGCUUCUAGCGUUCAAUUGCAGAUUAACACAAGGCGUGCAUGAAAGUUGGAGUUUAGAAAUACUGCGGUUUCUGUUGAGCGAGAAGACAAAUCCCCGGACUUCAAUCGCCCGCGGACUUGAGAGUUUGGCUGCGCAGUCUCGAUAGCGGGAGUGUUGGUGGCUUGUCAAUCCUGAUGACCCUUAAACGCCUCAUACAGAAGGAAAGAGAGAAGGAUAGGAGAACGGGCCUUAUUCGAGUUAGCCAGGACGCCGAAUGGAUGCCAUCGUCCAAAUUUGAUAGAAGGUGGCUCGGUGAACCAAGGGCGGCGAUGAGGUCUCAGGGAGCAUUCCGGGAG